GAAAAUCAGGCCCGGCCCGAGGGGGCGGUGCUGUCGGUCACAUGCGCACCUGGGGCGGGUGGCGGCGGCAGCGCGGGCACCGAGAGCCGGCGGAAAGGAGAGGGGCCGGCCUGGGGCGGGGUUAGGCAGUUGAGUGACAGCCUCCAGGGGGCCGGCCCCUGCCUGGUGCCCCGAGCGAGCCGGGAGUAGCUGCCGCGGUGCCCGCCCCCUCUCUCCGCCGCUCCAGCGGAGCUGGUCUCCGGCCGGGCACCGUCGCGGGCCCCCCUGGCCCGGCCACCUGGGACCGUGCUGGGGAGUCUGCCACCUCCCUCUCUCCCCUGGCCCGCAAAGUUUUGGCGGAGCCAGCGCCAGGGCUGAGCGCGCCCCCGGGGGUGAUCGGGGAGCGCCCGAUGCCGGGCGGCCGGAGCCGUUGACCCGGGACGCCGCCGUCCGCGGAGCAGCCGACCACCCCGCCGCCUCCGGUGCAUGGGGACUGGCUGAGGAGCCAGCAUGGGCAACUGCGUGGGGAGACAGCGCCGGGAGAGGCCGGCAGCCCCGGGACACCCCCGCAAGCGAGCAGAAGGAAACUGAGGCCCAAAGCUUGUAUGCCACCUCUCCCUCCAGCAGCAGCAGAGGCCAAAGCAGGGCAGGUCACUGUAUGUGGAGAGGGACGCAAUGAGCCCCUGAAGAAAGAGCGGCUCAAGUGGAAGAGCGACUACCCCAUGACUGACGGGCAGCUGCGGAGCAAACGGGAUGAGUUCUGGGACACAGCGCCUGCCUUCGAGGGCCGCAAGGAGAUCUGGGAUGCCCUCAAGGCUGCCGCCUAUGCUGCUGAAGCCAACGACCAUGAGCUGGCCCAGGCCAUCCUGGAUGGAGCCAGCAUCACCCUGCCUCACGGCACCCUCUGUGAAUGCUACGAUGAGCUGGGCAAUCGCUACCAGCUGCCCAUCUACUGCCUGUCACCGCCAGUGAACCUGCUGCUGGAGCACACGGAGGAGGAGAGCCUGGAGCCCCCCGAGCCUCCACCCAGCGUGCGCCGUGAGUUCCCGCUGAAGGUGCGCCUGUCCACAGGCAAGGACGUGAGGCUCAGCGCCAGCCUGCCCGACACGGUAGGGCAGCUCAAGAGGCAGCUGCACGCCCAGGAGGGCAUCGAGCCAUCGUGGCAGCGGUGGUUCUUCUCUGGGAAGCUGCUCACAGACCGCACACGGCUCCAGGAGACCAAGAUCCAGAAAGAUUUUGUCAUCCAGGUCAUCAUCAACCAGCCCCCGCCACCCCAGGACUGAUGGGCCCACGAACCCCUGGGAAGAGGCCCCGCCUACAGCACUAGGCCCCCACCCUGCUGCUGCCUUCCAGUGCUGUCAUUUUCUUCAGGGGCCCUCCCCUCGGUGUGGCUGGUGGGUGAACCGUGAAGGGACCCUGCCUUUCAGAGCACUACACGCCACCAGUUCCCGGUACCCAGGGAGCCAGGCAACCACACACGGGCCUUGCAACCUUGUCAGAGAAAAGGCAAACAGGGUCCUCACCCUGCCUCUCUCCUGCAGCAGGUUCGAGCCACGAGGGCCAGCCAGGAGGCCCCUGGAGCCCAGAUCUGUCAUCUGGUGCUGCCAGCUGUGCUCACUCCGGUUUUCUGCUCAGGGUCUGAAGCAGCUGCUGUCUCCCUCCUCUGCCCCCAUCCCUUGGCUCUCCCCUGGGCACAGUGCCACUCCCUUGCAAAGGAGGGAACCACCCUUGAGCCCCAGGGCUCGGGAAGCCUGAGGCGGGCCUCUGCCUCUCCCUGCCCCCCAGCACAAUUGGCAGAGAUGAGGCAGGUGGUGGACGGCUGGGCUGUCGUGGCAGGGUCUGCACAGGGCCAUGUCCUGGCUAUAACCCAGGCAGUGGGAAGUCUGCAGCCUGGUCAUGGCCCCCACAGCAGGUCCCUGUGGACAGACAUAUCUGCAUAUUUAUCAAUAAAGCCUUUUGCUCCUUC